AUGGCUAAAGGCAGGCAUUCCUGGGGGAUAAAUGGAAAGAAAAGAGUGAGAGAUCAUCAUUCCUUAACAUCAAAAGGAGUAAGAGCAGAAAUAAAGAUCUGUGAAAGUGAUGAAGAAAUGCCAACAGCACAGAUUAAGCUUGGAAAUGUGACAGUCACGUUGGCAGCCAUUGUACUGCAGCUGUUAAUAGUAGCAAUUCUAAAGCAAUUUAGUAACUAUACUUUGAAUCAUAAAAUUAUAAAGGAAAUAUUUGGCCUCAAUAUAUACUACUCAGGCUUUGGUGAAAGCCUGGAAGGCAGACCGAGCUGGAAAUGUGUUUUUCAGUUUGAAGAAAUUGUCGAUGUUGGAUCAUUUGCCCCAGAAGACAUACAUAUUCCUAAGAUCUAUGUACAUUGCCUUAUAAAGGGAGAAAAAUAUAAGAAAAGAAUUGAGCGUUUAUCAAUCCAGAAAGAGGAAGAUAUAAAAACCACAUCUGGUAAACCUGGAGAUAAUGUCAGAGAAUGUAUCAUCAAGCGGGCAGCUCUUGAAUUUGAGGACAGCAUGUAUGCCAAUUUGGGCAUAGGAAUACCACUUUUGGCCAGCAACUAUAUCAGUCCCAAUAUGACUGUCCAUAUUCAAUGUGAAAAUGGAGUCUUGGGUUUGGGUCCAUACCCAUUAAAAAAUGAAGUUGAUGCAGAUCUAAUCAAUGCAGGCAAGGAAACAGUUACCAUUCUUCCAGGAGCCUCUUAUUUCUCCAGUGAUGAAUCAUUUGCAAUGAUUAGAGGGGGACAUGUCAAUCUAACAAUGCUAGGAGCCAUGCAGGUUUCCAAAUAUGGUGACCUGGCUAACUGGAUGAUACCUGGAAAGAUGGUGAAAGGAAUGGGACGGGCUAUGGAUCUAGUGUCCAGUGCCAGAACCAAAGUAGUGGUCACCAUGGAACAUUCAGCAAAGGGAAAUGCACAUAAAAUCAUGGAGAAAUGUACAUUACCUCUAACAGGAAAGCAGUGUGUCAACCGUAUCAUUACUGAAAAGGCUGUGUUUGAUGCGGACAGCAAGAAGGGUCUGACUCUCAUUGAACUCUGGGAAGGCCUGACAGUGGAUGGCAUAAAAAAGAGCACUGGGUGUGAUUUCACAGUUUCACCAAAACUCAUACCAAUGUGGCAGAUCUCAACUUAAAAUGUGUAGUAAACCACUGUUCUAGGCCUUGUGCUCUUCAUUUUAACCACAUAGGAGUUUAUUAGAAGGACAUCAGUAAUAAUUGUAUAUC